AUGAAAUCAUUCGAAGAAGCUCCCAACCAGACAGUCGCUUUUGGCAGCGAUAUCAUCGUUCAAAUCCAGCGACCUAACUCCUUGACUGGCUCGACAGAGAUGGCCGUCGCUAUUGGUCUUGCCUCUUGGCCCAACAGAGCCUGCCAGCCUGCCAGCAGCAUCAUGGGCUGCAUUUACAAUGGGCUGUUUGACCCUGCGUACCACGGGACCUACUUGCCACCUUACCAGAACUUCACGGUCAUAGUUCCCUUCGCUUUUGCGGCAGGUCAGGCUCAGAUCAACGUGGCUCAUACCACACUUAUUGGGGUGAGUCAAACUUGA